AUGUCCUACUGUGUGGGACACGAGCGUCAUUAUAUCGAGGCGGACACAAAUACAACCACAACCAUAACAGACAUGAGCGAAUGCUCUGAUCGCAGUGUUUCGUUCCAUUUCAAACCAUUCCAGGCCAUGCAAGACUCGAUAGGAACUGCGUUGAGGCCCCAGGGGGGAGACUUUCCUACUACGCUGAGCAAUGAAUUCGACGCGUUGGCCCCGGCCAGUCGAGCCAUGACGGUGUUUUUCAUAAUCGGCACCGCUUUUGUCAUCUUUUCCACCUUCAUACGUGUCGCCGCACAUCACUUUAGACGGCGGUUUGCACGUUACCGCAUACCCGACUACAAGGCACGGCCUUUGCCCGGCCACCCGGACUAUUCAAUCCGGGGCAACCUCGAAACGCCUCCAUCUUACUUAGAACUUGUUACAUUAAUGCUCAGCACGAUGACGCUUCUGAUCGCCUCCAUUAUCACUUCGGUGGUCGCUACAAAGUUCAUCACGUUGAUCCGUGCAAGCGGCGACCCCAAUGUUUCGGCUCGACACAACCAUAAUUUUCUUGGUAUGGCAUGGAGUGCCACCAUCAUCCAGGCCCUUUUGACGGUUCAUAAAGUGGCUUCACUUGUUCGAUACGAGGAUCGUCAUUCUCCGUGGGAUACGGAAGAGUAUUCUUUAACUCGAGAUACUGGAAACAAGGCCUUGUUCACUCGUUUAGAAUGA